GGUCUCCAAUAGGACAAAGCCAAGUGGACCAACUGCCCAUUGAAAGGAGAAAGAAAGGGGAGAAGAGUGUGUUCUUUUGUUAAUAAACCAUAACAAACAGGUUCACUUGCAUUAGUCAUGCUGUUGCAUCUGGUUCUGGCACUGCAUUUGAUCAGCUACAUUCCUGGGAGAAGCUGGUGUUACUCGCAAGAGUCUCCUGAUGACUUGUUGUACCUCACUAUUCAGAGAUUGGCAGAAAAUUUUGAAGACGACCUUAAGGCCACAAAUCUUGUACUGCAAGAAAUAAACAGUUUGGUGGAAGAGUAUAUGGGGAAUUCAAACGUAUUGGCAACCAAUUAUGUCAAGAAGUUAUGGGAAGAGUUUGAGGAGGUUCUCGAGGAUCUCAAUGAAUGGGUCGACAUGUACCUUCAUCUGCUCCAAGUGUUUCACACCAGAUAUCUGAAUUAUGUGGACUACAAGUUGGGAAGAGAGAUUCUAUUCUGUAAUAAAUGCUGGCAUUUAGGUAUCCGUAAGGCCAAAAUGUGUCUGGAACACCCAAAUGUCACCAUGAGCAAGAGGGUGAUUGAACCCUCACUGCUGUUGUACAGUAAUGUGAAAAGUUUACUGCAAGUAUUUAUUGAAACACAUCUCCAGUACUUAGAAGACCAUGUCAAAACUCUAGAGCAGUUGUUGGACAAUUACACAGCAGCCACCAGUAAGUGGCUGGAGAAGCAUACCACAUAUAAAGAAGCGACUUCUCAAGACUUUGCAAGGAAGCUACUAAGUCUGAGUCCACGGGCAGAGAUGUUAGGCACAGCUCAAGUAAAAGCACUGCAAAGGAAAUGCUUUGCUAUCAUAAAAUGGUUGGAAAACCAUAUAGUUGCCUUAGAAGAGUGGCUAUGGUCACAAUAAAUUAGCAACAGAUGAAGACACAUCUUAUAAAGGCAUUUUCAAGGAAUUUGCAAUGAUUUUUGCAUCGUAUCCAUUCCAAUAGUAAAAUAUAAAAUUUAAGCCAUGAAUUUCAUCAGUCUAAGCAUGAGGAGACUACAAUAACCUGUUUGAUCUUGAUCUAUUUGAGAUAUUAACACUGAUUUUAACCGUUCAGCCAAGAUAGAUGCAAAGAUCUUAUAGUCUAUGUUAAGUAGGGAAAUUGGUCUGUAAUUCUCCACACUAGUGUUAUCCUUUUCCUCUUUGGGGAUUAAUGUUAUAUCAUUCGUACUCCAAGAAUCUGGGAUGCCUUCCUCGUCAAUCUUAUUCAUGGUAUUCUUUAAAGGAAUUAUCUGUACGUCUUCUAGUUUUUUAUAGUAUAGCUCUGUGAAACCAUCCGGUCCUGGUGAUUUGUUCAGUUUUAAAUUUCUGAUAGCUUUCCUUAUCUCUUCCUCUGUGAACUCUGAGUUCAACCUGUUUUGUAAUUGUUCCGGUAUUUCUUCCCAUGUUUGCUUGUCAAUAUUUUCUCGUAUAAGGUUUUCCCUUCCUUCUGAGCAAAUGUCUCAUAAGGAAAUUUAUAACGUAAAAAAACUAUGCUUGCAAAACUUUGUAUAAUUGGUAACUGCAUUUUGAAAAGCAAACUGUAGAAAUAGAAAAGGGGCAGAAGAGGGCAAACCAAUUAAUAGAAAUUUAUUUCUUACAGUAUAUAAUCAUAUAGUAAUCGCCAGAUAGCACUUUGUAUCUUCAUUAUACAAUUAUUACAUAGAGGUUGUUGUAUUUUGCAGGUUUAAAAAACAAAUAA